GCUGCUCGCAUCAGCCGCCAGAGCUACGGCACCUUCCAUUCCCGGGAGGGAUUUUCUCUUUAGUUUCAAAACAAUGUGUGAAAGCCUGCUCUGCAGAAACAGUAGCCUCAGUAAGUUCAAGGAUGACUGAAGCUGUUUCCUCUCCCAGGGAGGUUUAAGAACUACGGAGGGAUGAAUGGAGUUAGACCUGUCUCUGCGUUCCUAGCAGCCAUCCUAUUACAGCCCUGAACAAAAGCAGGAAUGGCAUGUCUAGCCUAGGUUAAUAAACCCUACGGAGUGCGUGCCUAAAAGCGCUACGAAACAGCCUUAAGUCAGCAGGAGAAAACUAAUUUCAAGCAUGGCUGUCUAGUGUGCCUGUCAUUCCUAUUAUCCUUCCAAACUAUUUCAGACAUUUUGAGCAGCGAGUGCUAAGCGAUGAGUUAGCAGGGGUUGUGACAUUAAUGGUCCAAAAAGGUUUAAGCACCGGGAGGGAGCGAUGACAGCACUUCACAACCGGUGGCAGUUCGGAGGAUUCCGCUGGAUCUCUGUUUGUUAAUAAUUAGGCUUCGCCUCGGAGGAAGAUGUGACCACUAUCGGAGAAGCAAAGAGCAAGAGCGCAGCAUGGGAAAUCGGUGAGCAGCCGGGGACGAGCGGGAGCGCCUCUCUGGACUCAGAAAAGCAAACACCACCCAAGGACAAAGUGGUCCGAUGGAGGUGACAGAGGGAGAGGCUGGGAAGCCCCUGAUUUCACACCAGCACAGGCGAGGGCACGCGGGGACGAGCGAGCGCUGGAGAAGGAGCCGCACGCCCGCUCCUGCACUGCCCUGACGCUUCGGGAGGCAGAGGGUGCACGGCCAGCCAGGGCUCAGCACAGCACUGGGACUGCCCCUGCCCUGGGCUCCUUUUCCUGCCUGACUCCUGCAGCUUUCUUCCAAGGAGCAGGUGAGAGGGAUGAGCUUUGCCAAAUGAGAGAGAAGGCACCUACUCCACACGGAGCGUCCUGCCCUGGUGGAAAUGGCCAUCAUGCCCCGCUGGAGUCACGGCAGCCCAGGAUGUGCAGGCAGAGUGGAUUUCAAGAAGAGUUUUUAUAAAUGUGGGAAGAACAAGGAGCUUCGUGAAAUAAAGUUUGGAGAGAAAAAGCUCAGCUUUUUUUGGGUUGACUUUAUUCAGAGGGUCUUCACACCCACUUCCUUCUGACAGCUUGUUUCUGUGUAGUUGCUGAAUUCUGGUGCUUUCCUCUAUUUAAAAACCAAAAGUAAUUAAAACUUCCUGGGAACUGUGAAAGCAGCAAGAAAUACUUGGACACAUUGAGAGACGAGAUAUUUGGAAGCCUUCUGCUGGUAGCUAGGCUGUUUUCCCAAAGGUGGCAGCUACAGAAGUUCAUAGAUGAGAGGGAAAAUCUCCCUGUCGCAUCCCAUUGAAAUCUCCAUUUUAGGCACUGCUGCUCCACUGCUGCUCAGGUCCUUCCAUCGUCCCACUGCAGCGAGCAGAGCCAACACUGGGCAGCCCUCUAAAAUGUUUAUUUGGACCAGUGGCCGGGGAUCUACAUCUUACAGACAUGAUGAGAAAAGAAAUAUUUACCAAAAAAUCAGGGAUCACGACCUACUGGACAAAAGGAAAACAGUGACAGCCCUGAAAGCUGGAGAGGACCGGGCCAUCCUGCUGGGGCUGGCCAUGAUGGUGUGCUCCAUCAUGAUGUACUUCCUGCUGGGAAUCACCCUGCUGCGCUCCUACAUGCAAAGUGUCUGGACAGAAGAGACUCAGUGCUCACUUCUCAAUGCAUCCAUCACAGAAACCUUUAACUGCUCAUUUAACUGCGGCCCAGAGUGCUGGAAAAUCUCUCAGUACCCCUGCCUGCAGGUGUAUGUUAAUCUCACCUCUUCUGGACAGAAGCUUCUACUCUACCACACCGAGGAAACAAUGAAAAUUAAUUCUGAGUGUUCCUACAUCCCCAAGUGCGGGAAGAACUACGAGGAAUCCAUGUCUCUGGUGAACGUGGUGAUGGAAAACUUCAGGAAGUACCAACGCUUCUCCUGCUUCUACGACCCCGAGGGCGUGCAGAAGAACGUGAUCCUCACCAAACUGUACAGCUCCAACGUGCUGUUCCACUCCCUGGUCUGGCCCACCUGCAUGAUGAUCGGGGGGGUGGCCAUCGUGGCCAUGGUAAAGCUGACUCAGUACCUUUCCCUGCUCUGCGAGAGAAUCCAGAGGAUCAGCAGAUAGGAAAGGAGACUUCUCCGAAAUUUAACUGCAGCGAAAAUACUGUUUUUCUCAUUCUUCACCAAAGAACCUUAAGUUUGUAAUGUGCAAGUCUGGUAUAAGUUCCUUACUAUAUUCUUCUAAGUAGAGCAAUAAUGCAAAAGCUGUUCUAUAUGCAAACAUGAUGUUAUUAUUAUGCAGACGACUGAAAACGUUCCUGUUUUGUGUUGACCGUCUCGAUGAUCUUGUUUUAUGCUGGGAUUAGUACUUUCUUUUCUACAGCCAAGAUAGGGCUCAGUGUGACCAUUGGCCAAGCUUUAGUCAGUUGAUGUUUUUGGUGUAAAAGACUCUGGGGAAAUUCACUGCUGGGCAAAGGGCAGCCAAGCACUUGUGCAUCAUUGAGGUCUCACACCUGGCUCAGCCCAUUGGAUGGGUUUGUGGCUUUGGCUUUUUUAAUACUGGCUGCAGAGUGGGAAGGGGAAAAGCAUAGAUAAGGGGUUUUUUAAUGGUAAGAUGUCACAAAAAGGAUGUAUUUUGAGGUCAGGUCGGGAUAAGCAUACAGUAUUUUCAGGCUCAGUAGGACUUGGUGAUGCUUUGUGUUUGCUCCCUCAGUUCAGAAGUCAAUUGUACCCUAUGGUGUUUGUAAGGUCUUUUGGAAAACACUUUGGAGUUUUAUUCUGUGUAGUGCUAUGAUUUUCUUCUGUCUUAUCAACAUAAGUUUUGUCACUUGCAGAAGCUGUAGCCAAAAAGCAAAAAACACCUUGUUCCAUUUUGUAUUCUAGUCUGAGCCCUAUUGAUGGAGGUGGGACCAGAACUCCUUAUGAAAAGGUUUAUUAUUCAUUUGUCUUGUAUUUGCUACCAUAUCACUGUAAAGAAAAAAAGAACACUAUCAGCUAUUUUUUCAUUUUUUACUUCCAACUAUUUUAGAUUUUUUUACUUGAUAUAUAUACAGAUAGAUAUAUAUAUAUAUAUAUAAAGAAAAAGCUAUAUUAUAUCUAGUUGUGUAUUGAAACUUGUUUAGGGGGGUUUUUUCAUUUGUUUUUACCCACUGGAAAAUGAACAGUACAAUUCAUGUAUCUGUAACCUUCAUCCUUGGAUAAUAUCAUAACACGGAGAAGCAGCACUGCAGGAUCUUAUCCAAUAUUCAUGAUGUUGUUUCAGUCAAAGGUCUCUGCUGCUGUGACAUGGGAAAUGACAGAAAUCUCAUCCAAUUCUAUGGCUCUAUUAACUGAAUUGUUAGAUAAUCAUCAUAACACAUUUGGAAAUCUCUCCUGACCUUAACUCACCAUGCAGUGCUGGCUGACAUGAAUUGUGAUUUACAAGACCUGGGUGCAAUGAUUUAUUGGAAAAACUGAGAAUCUGGCUAAAUUGUUGUCCUAUCUGUCAAAUAUUUACCACAGUAUACUUGCCAGUUUAAUUUCAUACACACUAUAGUCACAAUUUCUGCAUAAUUUAUUUUUAUUCCCCUAUAGAAAACAUUCCUUCCUAUGUUUUAAAGACACCUCUCUCAGUUCCUCCUGUUGUACUCAGCCUGAAGGACAAACACAAGGCACAUCCUGGGAGCAAUCCUGUAAACUCAUUAUCCAAUAGCUCAAAGAAACCACAUACAGGCCUACUCAAAUCAAGAAAAUAACAUUUUUCCCUUCAAAAAGACUGCAAACCAAGUAUUCUGCCUAGUUCAUCUAUAUAUAUAUGUAUAAGUACCUUUCCUCAUCAUAGCAUUAAAAAUUUCAAGAUGUUACAAAACAAGUCAUGCAAGUGUAAUGUGAGCUGUAAAAAAAAAAAAGUUCUAAGCAGUGAAAAUAAACCUGCAAUCUUGUAAUCAGUAGUAUAAUUUUCCUUAGGUAAUUAAAUUCCUGGAGGGUGGGGUAUAAUGAAGGUUCCAAAAAUAUGUAAUAAAAAUAUUCAAUUAAAUCUUCCAGAUUUCAGUA